AUGACGGUGGUAGAUGGUGGUUCAGAUCUGCCGGUUUUGAUGGAGGUAGUGAUCGGAGAUGAUGUUGGAGAAGAUAUUCCUACAUACCAGCCCGUUGGUAAUGUUCAGGUGUCCCCAAAUUCUGGAAGGAGGACAUUUAUUCCAGAUGUUGAUGAUUUGGUUAAACCUCAGAUGCAUAUGACGUUUGAUUCGCUGGAAAAUGCUUUUCUUUUUUACCAAAGAUAUGCUAAGGCGGGAGGUUUCACAGCUAGGAAGGGUACUCAAUACGAGCCUCGAAAGGGUGUAAUACUUAAUAAAUGGUUCGUAUGCUCAAAAGAGGGUACUAAACCCUUAAAGGCGAUUGACUCGACUCAGGAAGCUGGUAGUUCUAAUGUUAACUCGAAGUCUAAGAUUACUCGCAGGGUUCCUUCUAUAAGGACCGAAUGUGAAGCGUGCAUUCGGGUUAAGUUAAUAACUCCGGAUAAUCUUUACGUGGUUUAUUACUUCGAGGAGUCGCAUAAUCACUCAUUUGUUGCUGAAGAUGACAGGUACUUGCUUCCUGAAAACAGAUCUAUGAAUUACGUACAGGAAGAAGCCGUGAAUGCUUUGAGUGCCAUAAACGUUGGUCCAGUUAGAGCGUUUAACAUUAUGAGGACUCUUUAUGGAGGUUUCGAUAAGGUAGGCGCAACUAAAGUUGACUUCAAGAACUUCAAGAGAGACUUAAAUAGGUAUAUAGCUGAGUACGAUGCUGACAUGGUUAUCAAACGCCUAAGAAGGAAGAAAGAAUUUAUGCCCAAUUUCUCUAUGGAAUACCUUACAACUGCCGAGGGCGUUUUACGUGCGUUGUUCUGGGCCGAUGGUGAUACAAAGAGAAAUUUUAAUAUUUUUGGGGAUGUUGUGUCGUUCGAUGCUACUUAUCGUCGUAACAAGUACAAUAUGAUGUUUGUACCUUUUACCGGCGUUGACAAUCGCUAUCGUAAUGUUACCUUGGGUGCUGCUAUUAUAGGGGAUGAAACUGCCAAAACAUAUAGCUGGUUGCUCAACGCAUUUCGGCAGGCGUUUGGGCGCGCACCACCUGUGAUUGUAACUGAUCAAGACCCAGCGAUGAGGAAAGCUAUUCAAGAUACAUGGCCUGAAAGUAGGCACAGGCUUUGCAUGUGGCAUAUAAUGGAGAAACUCACUACCAAGGUUGGCGCCAACCUAUGCAAUAGCACUGAUUUUAAGAAGAGGUUGUGUGAUAUUGUUUGGACCGAUGUCUUACUGCCAGAACAGUUUGAAAAUGAAUGGGGUGUUAUAUUGGCUGAUUUUGAUUUGCUGAAUCAUGAAUGGUUACAGUCAAUGUAUCAGAUUAGGGAUACAUGA